GUUUUCCAAACACAUGCAUACAUUCAUGGCUAAAAUCUCCUCCUCCCAUAAUUAAAAUCCUAUAGUUAAAAAACCCAGUUUGAUCAGAUUAGGUCUAGAAGGGUCCAGAAGAUCAGAUUAGGUCUAGAGGAGCCAAAAUUAAGAAUUCAACUUUCCAAACUCCCUAGUUAUGUCUCUGUCGAUAGCCAAAGCUGCAUGUAGCGAGAAGAGGCGAUCGGAGAGUUGACUCGAUAACUGCUAAUUCAAUCUGUGAUCUGGCGAGUGAUCAGUUGAAUGAUAGUGUUUGGGGAGCUGUACUGAUUAUUAUGAAGUCUCUUGUUUCUCUCCUGCCACACCCAGUAUAUCGUCGAUUGUCAACAUAGCAAAGUUGCAUCUUCUGGAUAUCCCUUCCCAAAUAAUCCAGCUAUAAGGGCAAAGAUAGAAUAAGUGGUCUCUCGAUUCCGCGGCUUGAUUGCAGAGGAGACACGUCGCACCCUUUUGGAGCUCUCAACUAGCAAGAAGAUCCCUAGUAGGGCAUCAAUUUAGUACAAAGAGCCAAGUCAGAAAAUUAUGGCGAGGGAUUCCUCCUCCAAACCAAACAAUAUACGCCCAACUUGGUUUACACCGAUAACCCGAACGGAUUUGAUUUUCUGAUACAUUGGACUAUGGGUUCGGUUUAACCCGAAAUAACCGAACAUACAUUAAUUGAUGUAUGUGUCUAUAGAGAGACACGCGUGUUACUCCUUACGAUUUCCAAAAUCCCAACUCUAGUUUCGAAAUCAAAAAGCUAUAGACGAAGCGGCGAGCCGGCGAGAGAGAAACCUCUUCCUCUUCUUCCUACUCUCGAAAUCUCCACUCUACAUCUCCUAUUUAAUCAACACCGAUGUUUAAUCUCGACCUCACACUCUCUCCACCAUCUGCGAUUUCGAAGAAUCAAUCACAGAUGGAUUCAUCUUCAACACCAAACGUUGACAACAACCAGUUCGAAGGUGAUGAAAAACAAGAGUUUCUGACUCCAGACAGUAGAGACAAGAGUAAACAAGUUGUGUCUCCGGACAGGAGAGGCAAGCGUAAAGAAUCGCCUGAAGCUAGUGGAGAAACGAUGCAGACACAAAGAACACCUAGGUUUCUUCCUCCAAGGUCUAAGAUUUGGGGACAUUUCACAAGAACAAAGGAGAGUCGUGACAAAUGCAUAUGUCACUACUGCAACAAGACGUUCUGCUGUGCUACAAGAUCGGGAACAUCCAACUUGCUGAAGCAUCUUAGCAUAUGCAAACGCUUCAUGUUGUUUUCAGAGGGUCAAAGCUCUACUCAGCCUAGCGUCAAUGAAGAAGGAAAGAUGAAAUCUAGAAAGAUAAGUGAUGAUACUUUCAGAGAAGCAACAAAUGAGAUGAUGGUGAUAGCAGAGCUACCACUGAGUUUCAUUGAAGGUGCUGGUUGGAAACACUUCUGUAACAAGAUGGAACUAGGCAGACCAGUUUCAAGAAGGACAUCAACAAGAGACAUUGUCAAGAUGUAUCUACAGAGGAAAGCUGCUAUGAAGCAAUGGUUCAAAGCAAAUAAGCAAAGGGUUUCAUUAACUACUGACAUAUGGGUGGCUCAAGUAACUCGUAAGCAAAUACUUUCCUUAUCUCAUGUUUUUAUUUUUAUUCACAAGCAAGUAGUUUCCUUAGGUCAUGUUUUUAUUUUUAUUCGCAAGCAAGUAGUUUUCUUAGCUUUUGUGUUUAGUUUGAUUUGUAAGGAAGUAUUUUCCUUAACUUAUUUGUUUACUUUGAAUCGUAAGAAAGUGACUGGUGUGUUUAUUUUUUAUCUCAAGUGCAAGCUACAUGGUUGUGACUGCUCAUUACAUUGAUCCGUGUUGGCGUUUGAGGAAGCUUAUCAUUGGGUUCAAGCAUGUCACUGAUCACAAAGGAGCAACCAUUUCGAAGGUUUUGUUAGAUUGCUUAGCUGAUUGGGGGAUACAGAAUAUAUUCUGUGUGACAGUGGACAAAUGCAACGGCAAAUUCAUCUGCAUUGCGAAAAUUUCAGGCUCAGUUUUCACUGCUGUCUGAAGAAGCACUGGUUCUAGAUGGUGAAAUGAUGCAUGUGAGAUGUAGUGCACAUAUCAUCAACCUCAUCGUGAAGGAUGGAAUGGCUGACGCAGAUGAGAGUGCAAUGCGGUCUGUAAUGUUGUGGUCUACGCUAGAGCUUCACCAAACAGGCUGUCAUCAUUUGAGCAGAAGGUAGAUGCUGGCAAACUGACUAGGGGAAGCUUGCCGUUGGAUGUGAGUACUAGGUGGAACUCCACCUAUCUGAUGGUAACCACAGCUAUGAAGUUCAGAGUUGCUUUUGACAAAAUGGAGCAAGAGGAUAAGCUCUACAACGAUUACUUCUUAGAGAUGGAUAAAGGUGUAAAGAGGGUAGGUCCUCCUCUGUUCAAUGAUUGGAAACCAAUUGAAAGGUUAGGCCGGUUCUUAGUCAUCUUCUACAACUCAACUCUUGUUGUUUCUGCCUCAACCUCUCUCAAUGCGUACAAGUGCUACGGGGAAAUUGUAACGAUAGCAGCUAAUCUGAUGGAUUUGAUGAAGAGCAGAGAUCAUCAUCUUAAGGUGAAGGCAUAGGAGAUGUAUGAGAAAUUCGACAAGUACUGGAAUGGGUUGAAGAACAUCAAUAAGAUGUUGAUUGUGGCAACUGUUUUUGAUCCAUGAAGAAGAUGGAUCUUGCAACCAUGUGUUUUGAAGAGCUUUAUGGGCCGGACAGCUUGGAAGGCAAAGAAAUGUAUGAUUAUGUGAUCAGUGUGUUGCGCAGCAUGUUCAAGGAGUACAGAGACAGAUAUGGGAAGAGUCAAGAAGAUCAAUCUGAUCACUCUAAGAAGUCUAAGGGUAAAUCAUAUCAGUCUGCUCAACAGGAAGCAUCGGUUCAUAUGGAUUUGGUUGAAGAUGGUUUCGGUUAUAAGAGGAUUGACCGAAGGUAUAAGCAGAAGUUGAAUGCAGGAGUCUGAGACAAGCGUGAUGAGCUUGAAAUUUAUUUGAAAGAAGCGGUUGAGAAUCCAGAGUUGAUGGUUGGUGUAGAGUAUGAUGUUCUAUCAUAUUGGAAGAGAAACAGUUCGAAGUUCUCGAUUCUUUCAUUGAUGGCAAAAGAUGUCUUGGCAAUGCAAGUCUCAUCUGUAGCAUCUGAGAGUACUUUCAGCACAGGUGGAAGGAUCAUUGAGCCAUCUCGGAGCUGCCUUAUUCACUUCAUGGUCGAGGUGCUGAUGUGUACUAAGCAAUGGCUAAAACAAGACAUUCGAUGUGAUUCACAAGUGGUUACCAAUGCAAAAAUCCUUGAGGAUAUUGCAGAGCAAGAAGAUAUUGAGAGAGAAUUAACUGGCUCAGUUGCUCAGCCAUCAGUGUAAGGAAUGGAAGAUUGUCAAAUGCUCACUUGGUCGUGGUGUGUUGAUCGUGGUGAUGCUCUUUCUCGUAGUGUCAUUUUGUUGUUUUGUGUUUGAGGAUUUGGUGUUUUUAUUUUGUUAUGUAACGGUGGAUGGAUGUUGUUUUUUUCCUCUUAUUUUCUGGUGUGUUUGAGGCUUUGAGCCAUGGAUGGAUGUUCUUUUUUUUUUCAUUUGGGAUUGAACUAUGAAUUGUAAUUUUCGGAAUUAUUAAAGUAUGGAGUCUUGUUUUCA